AUAGGUUGUCACUUUUCAGUUUACUCAGGUUUAGUCGAGGAGUGUGGUGCUUAUUUGUGAAUUCGUGCUUGUGUUAAAUUUCGUAUUUGAGGUUAAAUUACCGGUGCAUCUUUCAUAAAUUAUAUAUACUAUUGAGAUGGGUGAUCAAGGUUUUCUGGAGCAAAAACCCGGCUUUGCUACUAUUGCAAUUCAUGCGGGCACAAAUGCUGACAAAUGGCAAUCGAAUGCGGUGGUAACACCAAUCGUAACAUCGACCACAUUUAAACAAUCGGGACCCGCUGAAUAUGAGGAGUUUGACUAUAGCAGAUCUGGUAACCCAACGAGGAAUGCCCUCGAAGAGUGUUUAGCUGCGCUGGAUGGGGGCAAACAUGGAUUGGCCUUUGCAUCAGGGCUCGGAGCGAUCACAACCAUCGCAUCUUUGUUGAGCCGCGGUGACCAUAUUCUGUCCUGUGACGAUGUGUAUGGAGGAACUAAUAGACUCUUUAGUCACGUCCUGCUUAGACUGGGCAUAGAAGUAUCGUUCGUGGAUUUCACUAAUGUAGAAGAAAUAAAGAAAGGCUUUCAAAAGAAUACAAAGAUGCUAUGGAUAGAAACACCGACCAACCCGCUCCUGAAAGUGAUAGAUUUGGAUGUAGUAACGAAAUUAGCGAAGAGCUACAACCAAGACAUUAUAGUUGUUAUUGAUAACACUUUCCUCACGCCGUACUUGCAAAGGCCGCUUGACUUUGGCGUUGAUAUCGUCAUGUAUUCAAUAACCAAGUACAUGAAUGGACAUUCCGAUGUUAUAAUGGGCGCGGCUGUGGUCAAUGACGACGAUUUAGCGGACAGGCUUCGUUUUCUGCAAAAAUCAAUGGGUAUUGUCCCUUCGCCAAUGGACUGCUACCUAGUCAGUAGGAGUUUGAAGACCCUCGCCCUUCGCAUGGAACAACACAAGAAAUCAUCUUUAAUAAUCGCGAAGUGGCUGCACGAGCACCCUAAAAUCGUGGAAGUUUUACAUCCUGGUUUACCAACUCACCCGCAAUACAAAAUUUCACAAAAACAAAUGACGGGACAUUCUGGAACAUUCAGUUUCAAGCACAGCGGAGAUCUGAAGGAAUCGAAGACUUUCCUCACUUCCUUGAAAGUGUUCACGCUCGCCGAGAGUUUGGGCGGAUACGAAAGUUUAGCUGAAUUACCAUCUCUCAUGACGCAUGCGUCAGUGCCAGAGGAACAGAGAACAAAAUUGGGGAUAACUCACAGCCUCAUCAGACUGUCAGUCGGCUUAGAAGAUGUAGACGACUUGAUUAAGGACCUAGACCAAGCCCUGAAUCGAGCUUUUGAUCUAAAAAAUUAAAUAAUUUAUUAAGACAUAUAAUAUCAUCAUUUAUCAAUGCUGUAUCACAAUUUUAUCUAGUAUUUAUUUUGUCUGAUUUAUUUUUUUAAUUUUAUUUCCUAUGUUAAUUUAAUGGUGGAAUGUGUUUAUUUUACACACCUUAUAAGAAUAUUUACAAUAGAGUUCCUAUAUUUUAUAUACUUGAAUAUGUGUAAACAGUAACACAUUCUGAUAAUCUUGAACCAGACCUUUCUUCGUUUUACAAAGCAUUCACGUUAUUAUUGUGUUAAUGAAGUAUUUUUAUACAAAUACAUUUGCAUAGAUAACGGGUGGGUUGGGUUAAACAUGUGCAUUUUUAGGAUAAUUAUAUGAAUAUCAUUUCCACUUAGACUUUCGACGGCUUUGACAAUUUUAGCGUUAUUUUGAAUUUUUAUUUUUUUCAUUAAACGUUACAUAGUAUAAUAUGAAAUAAAUAAUUACGUUA